AGCCCCCGCGCCUUUCAACCCCCUUCUUCUCUGCGACCUUUCAACCCGCGUGCACGUGGGAGUUGAACCCUCAGCGCCCCACCAAAGCUGACCGUUCGCUGGACCAGUCUCCCACCCACAAACCCUCUCCGGUCUCCACCACUUCACCUUCUUCCUCCUCUAUAUCAUCAACACACGAAAUCUAAUCAAACCAUUAAACCGGUGCUGAAGCAAAAGCCCACUCCUCGUUUCCACUCUCCAUCGUGCCGAAAGAGAGAGAGAGAACCGGAUUAAAUGGAGAGAUCGACCCAAGAAUCCCCUCUGACAACGACGACGACGACGACCACGACCACGACGACGAACCCUAACUCGGCGAACACGUACACCUUCGACUCCCCCCACCCGGUGUACGCCAUGGCCUUCUCCUCCCUCCCGGCCCCCUCCCCGCCGCGCCUCGCCCUGGGCUCCUUCAUCGAGGACUACGCCAACCGCGUCGACGUCGUCACCUUCGACGAGGACGCCCGCGCAUUCCGCCCCGACCCCUCCCUCUCCUUCGACCACCCCUAUCCGCCCACCAAGCUCAUGUUCCACCCGAAGCCCCUCCCCAACUCCUCUUCUUCUCUCCUCGCCUCCUCCGGCGAAUUCCUCCGCCUCUGGCAGCUCCACCACCACGGCGACUCGUCGCCCAAGGUCGAGCUUCGCGCCAUCCUUAACAACAGCAAGUCUAGCGAGUUCUGCGCCCCCCUCACCUCCUUCGACUGGAACGACGCCGAGCCCCGCCGCAUCGGCACCUCCUCCAUCGACACCACCUGCACCGUCUGGGACAUCGAGCGCGGCGCCAUCGAGACCCAGCUCAUCGCGCAUGACAAGGAGGUCUACGACAUCGCCUGGGGCGAGGCCGGAGUCUUCGCCUCCGUCUCCGCCGACGGCUCCGUCCGCAUCUUCGACCUACGCGACAAGGAGCACUCCACCAUCGUCUACGAGAGCCCCCGCCCCGACACCCCGCUCCUCCGCCUCGCCUGGAACAAGGCCGACCUCCGCUACAUGGCCACCAUCCUCAUGGACAGCAACCGCAUCGUCAUCAUCGACAUCCGCUCCCCGGCGGUGCCCGUCGCCGAGCUGCAGCGCCACCGCGCCAGCGUCAAUGCGGUUGCCUGGGCGCCGCAGGCUGCCAGGCACAUCUGCUCCGCCGGGGAUGACGGCCAGGCGCUCAUAUGGGAGGUGCCGGCCUCUGGGCCCGCGGUGCCGCCGGACGGGAUCGAUCCGGCCCUGGUCUACACGGCGGGAGCAGAGAUCAACCAGCUGCAGUGGUCCGCCGUGCACCCGGACUGGAUUGGGAUCGCAUUCGCCAACAAGGUGCAGCUGCUGAGAGCUUGAAGACUUCUGACGAGGUGCUUGGUAUGGCAUAGAUGGUUUAGAGAAUAUUGCUCGUCAACGGGGGACAAGGUGGAAUCGUGUUGUGACAAGCUGUAGAUUUUCAAGCCCAGUGGAUCAAGGCUUUGUGGUGACUGCAAGAUUGCUGGAAAAAAAAAAAGGCUGAGGUUGGGAAAUAACAUGCUCAUGUUGAUAAUAAAUUCUUCAAUGUGAUUUUAGAUCAGAACUUGCAAAACCACUUAUUUUACAGAGCUUACUAAACACCUUGGUUAAAACCUUGUUCUGUAGAAUUCAGGUUGUCACAUUAUAAGGUAAGCAGAACAUAAGGGUAUGUCAAUUUUUUAUUCUAAAACAAUAGAUGUAUGUCUGUUCCAUCUUGUGUCCCUAGUUAAUGGAGAAUGAGAACUUGUUUAUUUGACUCUGGUAACAUUACUCAGGAGAUACAGUGAGAUCAAUAUUUGAACUUUGUCAGAUCAGGAUUCAAAACGAAUAGCAUCCCUCUUAAAGACAUAUUUUAGUAGUCAAGUCUAUUAUGCCAAUAUUGGCUGUGACUGCAUUUAGAGCUGCACUUGUCAACAACCAGAGCAUAUAGUAUCAGUUAUUUUAAUUGUUUUAAUGAAAAUUCUGAAUUGUUGGAUGAUCCA